AUGGGCAACUGGCUGGUCAACCACUGGUUUUCGGCCGCGGUCCUCGCGGCCUGGCUGGGCAUCAACAUCUUCCUCUUCACGUACUACUUUCUGUUCUUUGACCGGGAUGAGCGGUAUUUCUACACCAGGGCCAUCCUCGGGUCCGCCUUGGCGUGGGCACGGGCAUCGGCCAAAUGCCUCAACUUCAACAGCAUGCUGAUCCUGCUGCCCGUCUGCCGCAACCUCCUCUCCUUCCUCCGCGGGACCUGCUCGUGCUGCAGGCGGACGCUGCGAAAGCAGCUGGACCACAACCUCACCUUCCACAAGCUGGUGGCCUACGCGCUGGCCCUGUUCACAGCCGUGCACACCAUCGCCCACCUCUUCAACCUGGAGCGUUACAACCACAGCCAGCAAGCCACCGACGGCAGCCUCCCCGCCGUCCUCUCCAAGUUGCACCUGCAGGGUGGCGGCAAGUGGCUGAACCCCAUCCACUCCAACCAGACGACCGUCGAGUACGUGGCUUUCACCACCAUCCCGGGGCUGACGGGAGUCAUCAUCACGCUGGCGCUCAUCCUCAUGGUCACGUCCUCCACCGAGUUCAUCCGCAGGAACUACUUCGAGGUCUUCUGGUACACGCACCACCUCUUCCUCAUCUACUUCGCCGGCCUCGUCAUCCACGGCAUCGCCGGACUGGUGCGCGGGCAGACGGAGGAGAGCAUGGAGGAGGUGCACCCUUAUCGCUGCGCCCAGUAUCUCACGCGCAAGGACGAGGACUGCAGCCACAACUGCUGCAAAGACCCCGAGUUCGGGAGCAUCCCUGCCGAGUCCUGGAAAUGGGUUCUGGCUCCCCUCAUCCUCUACACCUUCGAGCGGAUCCUCCGGGUCUGGCGUGCGCGGCAGAAGGUCGUUGUCACCAAGGUGGUCAUGCACCCUGCCCGAGUGCUGGAACUGCAGAUGCAGAAGAAGGGCUUCCGCAUGGAGGUGGGACAGUACAUCUUCGUCAACUGCCCCGCCAUCUCCCUGCUGGAGUGGCAUCCCUUCACCCUCACCUCGGCGCCCGAGGAGGACUUCUUCUCCAUCCACAUCCGGGCAGCCGGUGACUGGACGGAGCGUCUCAUCGACACCUUUCAGCAGCAAAAGACGGAGAUGCCCAGGAUCGAGGUGGAUGGCCCCUUUGGCACGGCCAGCGAAGACGUGUUCCAGUAUGAGGUGGCCAUGCUGGUGGGAGCAGGCAUCGGUGUCACCCCCUUCGCCUCCAUCCUGAAGUCCAUCUGGUACAAGUUCCAGCAGGCUGACCAGACCCUCAAGACCAAGAAGAUCUACUUCUACUGGCUCUGCCGGGACACGGGAGCGUUUGCCUGGUUCAAUGACCUGCUUGCCUCGCUGGAGCAGAAGAUGGUUGAGUCGGGCAAGGCGGACUUUCUCACCUACCGGCUCUUCCUCACCGGCUGGGACACCAGCAUCGCCAACAAUGUGGCGCUCCGCUUUGACACCGCUAUGGACACGGUGACGGGCCUCAGGCACAAAACCAUCUUUGGGCGGCCCAUGUGGAACAGCGAGUUUGCGGCGGUGGCUGCAGCCCACCCCAGGUCAGUGGUCGGUGUGUUCCUCUGCGGGCCGGGCGCCUUGGCAAAGAGCUUGCAGAAGUCUUGCCACCAGCACUCCAGCCUGGACCCCAGGAAGGUCAAAUUCUACUUCAACAAGGAGAACUUCUAA